GGGUCUGUGAUGGUGCGAGAGCUCUGCCGUGCCCCCAGGGCCACGCAGGGACACAGGUCCUGCCAGCCUAGAGGCAAACAGGGCCCGACGCCUGCCUAUUGCUGCUAAGGCCCAGAAGGAGAGGGUAUCGUGUCCAAAUCCAUCUCGGGCCAUUGCUCUUUGUGCUGGCGAGGGCUGAUGUGGGCACAUUGGGAAGACACAUCUGGUGUGGUGGACGUCCAGCUGCCCAGUCGCAGGUGAGAGAAUGGACACUCAGAAGGAGAGCGGCAGGUUAGCGUGGAAGCCUUUCUGUGGGGCACCGUGGCUGCCGGUAGCUUCGCCCAGCUUCUCGGCCCUUCGCCAGGUUUGGACUCAGACAUGCAGCAGCCACGAGGCUGCUGGACAGACAGAGCGGGAGCCAGUCUGUACUAGUGUCCCGGGAGAGAAAUGAGCUGAGUUCCCACAGCUCUGCAGUGCUCCCAUACACUCCUCCCUUGUGGCCACUGCAGCAGGCGAGGGCCACUUCCAGAUAGUUCUUCCCUGGCUGCCGGGUGGGUUCUUCCAAGGGCCAUCCUGGUGUGCUUGGAGAAAAGCCCACACAGGUUUACCAUAGUACCUGGGUAUGGCCCUUCCCUGUCUGGCCAUCUCUGAGGGUGGCCCUGAGUCUCCCAGGGCUUUGGGUCUGGGUUAGGCAUCACUAAAGAACGUGGGAGACCCUGGUACUUCUGGAACUUAGCUGACUGUGCAAGAAAGUAUGGGGCUCCCCUCGGAGAGAGGGGCUGCUGCCUCGAGUUCCCUGGGGACAAUUUCUCAGGCCUCUCAAGACAGGUGUACACAGUGGUGGCGUUGAGGAAGAAUGACCAGGGGGGAGGGGCAAUUCUCCCAUCCCUAGAGCAGAGGCCAUCAGAUGGCUUGCCUUUGGAGAUUCUUUUGCACCGAUGCUGACUAGUUUGAAGUCGGGUGGGAUUUUAGGGACAGCGGCAUCCUAGCUGGCUUUGAAUGUCUGGGUAAGGCUAAGGACCCAGGAAACCUAUGGAUACAUCGUAACUCCUUAGAGAGUGUUCUAAGUAUCUCCUCAGGCACUCUUUCCCCUGGUCUCCAAGGGCUCUGGCUCCUGGGUGUCUAGCCACUCCUGAACCUCUGGGCCACACUGGACCGGGAUAACCAUCAGGCCAAAGAGCAGGUUUUCCUGGCCACAGGUCACUAUGUCCCUGUCCACCCUCCAUUCUCAAGAUCUCUCUCCCUUGAAGCUCAGCUCUGGAUGUGACCCAUCCCGUCCCCAGGCUUCCCCCGUUGUGGCCCAGAAGCCUACGCCAAGCGAGAGUUUCAAAACAAAGUCCUUAUUCUGCGCCCAAUGGGGGAGAACAGUAAACGAGCCGGCUCCACACAGCCGAGUGGGGGACUUUCCCCCCUCUUAGCUCGUGUGGAAUGUCAAAAAGGCCGGCAUCAAAGUGAGAAGGAAGAGAGGCCAGGGUGGCGGGGACCAAGUCACACAAUCACUACCUGGUGGAGGAUUAGCCACCCAGCCGGCCGCACACGGCGGGACGCUGUGCGAGGCGCCACACGCCAUCCAGGGUUUGCGUCGGCUCCGGUGGCAUGUGCUAAUUUAGAGGAAUUAGAGUAAAGCCUUCCACGACUCAGCAGAAGUCAGAGGGGGAUUACAAAGCUGGCAAGGCUUUACUGAUACCACACGGGGACUCUUUUUUUUUUUUUUUGUCACAGAGGUCUCUGACAUCCUGGAUUCAGCGUGUGUUGCUGUCUCCCGGGUGGGGGUGAGGGGAGAAGGGGGUGGCUAGCCUCGAACAUGGGUUCAAAGGUGCGACCUCCUCAAGUUAGCCAACACAUCCUUUACCCCCGUGGGAGAAAGACAAAAGGUCAGCCUCGCUCUGUAAGCCUGUGCUUCGUCUGGGUGACCGUACGGCGUCCCAUUUCAGCAUCCCACUUAGGAGGGCCUACGCCCUUUUCCGUUGUCUCUCAUCUCUGUGGCUCGAGUAUCACCUCUCUGCCUACAUUCGCGUUUUGAAAGUGGUAGUGACGACAUAUCCUGUGAGAGGUCCGUGGCCCAUCUCUUCCUAUACUUCCCAGCCUUGGGACCGUGGGCAAGUCGCUCAACCUCUCCGCGCUUUAGAUGACCGUGUAGAAGGAAUGUGAGACCUACGAGAAAUGCUGCCCCAACGUGUGUGGGACCAAGAGCUGCGUGGCGGCCCGCUACAUGGAUGUGAAAGGGAAGAAGGGCCCCGUGGGCAUGCCCAAGGAGGCCACGUGUGACCACUUCAUGUGUCUGCAGCAGGGCUCUGAGUGUGACAUCUGGGACGGACAGCCCGUGUGCAAAUGCAAAGACCGCUGCGAGAAGGAGCCCAGCUUCACCUGCGCCUCUGACGGCCUCACUUACUACAACCGCUGCUACAUGGACGCCGAGGCCUGCUCCAAGGGCAUCACGCUGGCGGUGGUCACCUGCCGCUAUCACUUCACCUGGCCCAACACCAGCCCUCCACCCCCCGAGACCACUGCGCAUCCCACCACAGCCCCUCCGGAGACCCUGGGGCUGGACCUGGCAGCCCCGGCCCUGCUCAACCACCCUGUCCAUCAGUCCGUCACCGUGGGCGAGACCGUGAGUUUCCUCUGUGACGUGGUGGGCCGGCCCCGGCCAGAGCUAACCUGGGAGAAACAGCUGGAGGACCGAGAGAACGUGGUCAUGAGGCCCAACCACGUGCGUGGCAACGUGGUGGUCACCAACAUUGCCCAGCUGGUCAUCUACAAUGCCCAGCUGCAGGAUGCCGGCAUCUACACCUGCACAGCUCGGAACGCUGCCGGGGUCCUGCGGGCCGACUUCCCGCUGUCGGUGGUCAGGGGGGGUCAGGCCAGGGCCACCUCGGAGAGCAGUCUCAACGGCACGGCCUUCCCGGCAACCGAGUGCCUGAAACCCCCAGACAGUGAGGACUGCGGAGAGGAGCAGACGCGCUGGCACUUCGAUGCCCAGGCUAACAACUGCCUCACUUUCACCUUUGGCCACUGCCAUCGCAAUCUCAACCACUUUGAGACCUACGAGGCCUGCAUGCUGGCCUGUAUGAGCGGGCCUCUGGCCACGUGCAGCCUGCCCGCCCUCCAGGGGCCCUGCAAAGCCUAUGUGCCACGCUGGGCCUACAACAGCCAGACAGGCCUUUGCCAGUCCUUCGUCUACGGCGGCUGUGAGGGCAAUGGCAACAACUUUGAAAGCCGUGAGGCCUGUGAGGAGUCGUGCCCCUUCCCAAGGGGCAAUCAGCACUGUCGGGCCUGCAAGCCACGGCAAAAGCUUGUCACCAGCUUCUGUUGGAGCGACUUCGUCAUCCUGGGCAGGGUCUCGGAGCUGACUGAAGAGCCUGACUCGGGCCGUGCCCUGGUGAUGGUGGAUGAGGUCCUCAAGGACGAGAAGAUGGGCCUCAAGUUUCUGGGCCGGGAGCCGCUGGAAGUCACUCUGCUUCACGUAGACUGGGCCUGCCCUUGCCCCAACGUGACCGUGAGCGAGGCGCCCCUCAUCAUCAUGGGAGAGGUGGAGGGUGGCAUGGCCAUGCUGAGACCCGACAGCUUUGUGGGGGCAUCCAGCACGCGGCGGGUCAGGAAGCUGCGUGAGGUCAUGCACAAGAAAACCUGUGAUGUCCUCAAGGACUUCCUGGGCUUGCAAUGAAGCUGGCCCGGCCCGUCUACCCUGACCCUCCUCUGCCCCAACCCCUGCCCUCAGUCAGUCAGCCACUGGGCCAAGAUCAGAUGAGAUGGCCUUGGCUAGGGGAGAGACAUCAGCUCACUUGUGGGAAGAAAGCCACCAGAGUCUUAAAACCACCUCUAUUCUUUGGGCUCAAUAAAAGGUCCAUAUCUUUUUCUUUCUUUCCUUUUUUUCUCUGAGACAGGGUUUCUCUAUGUAGCCCUGGCUGUCCUGGACUCACUCUGUAGACCAGGCUGGCCUUGAACUCACAGAGAUCUGCCUGCCUCUGCCUCCAGAGGGAUGGGAGUAAAACCACCACGUCUGGCUAAAAGGUCCAUAUCUUUUUUAGCUGGUGGGAGGAGGAGGGUGGGCAAAGGGAAGAGAAGAAACGUGUAAGUUAUUUCCCAUGGGUGGUCCCCUCAGGUAGUUUAACCCUUUGCUGACCCAUGCCUCUCUGCCCAGACUCCUAGCCAGGGGUCAGGAGGAGAUGGCGUCUGCAUUGUUAAAUGGUUUAGCUUGCACAGCAGGUAUUCGGGAGCCUGAGGAUUGCUUAAGACAACUACCCCACUGCCUCCCUCCUCACUGCAGUCAGAGACUGCCUCACAUUAAGCACUGUCCAACCCAGGCGAGAACCCUAAUGGAGGGUGCAGGGACAGCUGCCUUUGGUGGGGUCAACAGCAGAAUCCAUGUUCUCUUUCCUUAGCUGCAUUGGUUUGUUGGUUUGCUUCUGUUCAUUUCAGCUCAGUGAAUACUUCCUGGGUGCCGGACCCUGGAACCAUAGACAGCUGUUACUGAUCUACUGGCAGAGCCAAAAAAGGCAAAGUCCUGAUCCCAGGCUGCCCCGGGGGCCAGUGGGUGAUUGGCAGCAGGCAUGUCCAUAUGAUGGAUGGUGUGCUUUUCAUGUGCCAUGGGCUUCCUUGGAGAUGUCCCAGGAUCUGUUUUUGUAGCAAGAGAAAUAAAGACAAAAGGCAGGAGGGAGAGGGCACAGCCUAGGGAUCAGAGCGGAGGUGGAUCGGGGAGAAUGAUGCCAUCUGGCGGUGAGUACGGGCACCUGCGUGGGUCAGGAAGGAGGCUCUAUUUAGGUGGGGGCUUGGGAGGGAGUGCUUAUGGAGACAGCAGCUCUGAGAGAAGCUGUUUCUUCUGAUCCCAGCUACACAGGCACUGGGUAGAGGACUGGGGGCCCCUCUGUCUUCUCUGCAUCUGCCCUGUUCCCUCUUCAGCCCUUCAUUGUGUCCACAUCCGUCCAAAGGAGGCAUUGUGGGAUGCCCAUGUCUUCCUGAAAUUAAUACAAGGAGGACGAUACUCAAUAAAAGUUCACAGUGCCAACUUCUC